GCGGCAUCCUGCCCGUGGCCGAGGCCGCCGACAACAUCGUCAGCGCCCUCGACCAGAACGUCGGCGUGCACCUGCCCGCCCACUCGGCGAGCACCGCCGUCGAGCACGCCGCUCUCGGCAUGCUGGUCGCCCUGCUGGGCCUGGGCGACGACGCUGCCUGGCCCGGCCGCACCUUCACCACGGGCGCCACCGCCAGCAACAUCCUGGGCCUGGCGUGCGGGCGCGAGGCCGUCAUUGCCGCGCGCUUCCACAGCGCUGCAGUAACAGCCUCCUCUACCAGCCCUGCCCCCGCUCCCGUGACGGUGGCCGAGGCGGGGCUGCUGGCGGCGUGCCAGGCGGCGGGUGUGCGCGAGAUUCAGGUGCUGACCAGCAUGGCCCACUCGUCGCUGGUCAAGGCGGCCAGCGUGCUGGGACUCGGGCACACGGCCGUCAAGGAGCUGUCGGCGAGCGCCGACGAGCCGUGGCGGUUGGACCUAGACGCCGUGGAGCGCGAGCUGGCGCGCGACCCGGCCGUCGCGAGCAUCAUCGCCGUGAGUGCUGGCGAGGUCAACACGGGCCGCUUUGCCACCAACGCCCUCGACAUGCCCAAGCUGCGCAGCCUAGCCAACCGCUACGGCGCCUGGCUCCACGUCGACGGCGCCUUUGGCAUCUUCGCCCGAGCUCUCCCGCAGACGGACGAGUUUUUGAGCCUCCGCGCCAACACGGCAGGCCUGGAGCUGGCCGACAGCAUCACUGCAGACGGACACAAGCUGCUCAACGUGCCAUACGACGCGGGAAUCUUCCUGUGCCGCGACGCGGCCAUCCAGACGCAGGUCUUCAGCAACCCAAACGCCGCCUACCUUGCAACACCACCGCCGGCACAGACCAACAAAACCACAACUACAACCCCGACUACAACACCAAUCCACAGCCCUCUGAAUAUGGGCCUCGAGAACUCACGGCGCUUCCGCGCGCUGCCUGUGUACGCGACGCUGCUGAGUGCCGGCCGCGCCGGCACGGCCGAGAUGCUGGUGCACAUGGUGCGGCUGGCGCGCGCGGUGGCCAGCUUCGUGCGGGACUCGCCCGACUACGAGUGGCUGCCAGACCCAAACGCGCUGCUCGAGAGCACGCACAUCAUCGUCCUGUUCCGGGCGCGCGACGCGGCGCUGAACGAGGUGCUCGUCGACCGCGUCAACGCGACGCGCGCCGUCUUCGUCAGCGGCACAAGCUGGGCCGGCCGCAAGGCCGCGCGCAUCGCCGUGUCGAGCUGGCGCGUCGACGUCGACGCCGACUUUGCCGUCAUCAAGCGCGUCUUGACUACCCUCGCGGUCGAAGCCAAUUCCGCCGCGGCGGUAGGGGAGGCAGUAUCAGCUUCGUAAAUUAAAAAAAAUAUAUAUAACAAUGUAAAAAGGGGGAGACGGGGAUCCAAUAACAAGAUAGACGUCUCGACCAAAGUCCCGUAUAUAAUGAGAAAACCAAUACCAUUUCUGUA